UCAAAUCACUGAAAAUGAAAACAAGUCUGCUCUCUCUUUCUCUCUCUCUCCUCGAUGAGCAACUGAACUGAAGUGAAUCUGAAAUAAACAGAGGCGAGUGGGUGAUUAUAUCAAGAAGUGGUGAUCUGCAAAGAUGAUGGUGGAUCUGGGUUCGUUCUCGGACGAGAAGUUCGACGCGAAGAAAUGGAUCAACUCGGCUUGCCAAUCUCGGCACCCUCAGGACCCUCUGGAGAAGCACCUUGUGGAUCUGGAGAUGAAGCUUCAGAUGACUUCCGAGGAGAUCGCCUCCUCCCUCGAGGACCAGAGCUCCGCCGCCCUCCUUCGCGUCCCCCGCGCCACUCGCGACGUCAUCCGCCUCCGCGACGACGCCCUCUCCCUCCGCAACUCCGUCGCCUCCAUCCUCCUCAAACUUAAAAAGGCCGAGGGAUCCUCAGCAGAAUCCAUAGCCACCCUAGCCAAAGUUGAUACUGUGAAGCGGAGGAUGGAAGCGGCUUAUGAAACGCUGCAGGAUGCUGCUGGGUUAACUCAACUAAGUUCAACGGUUGAAGAUGUCUUUGCUAGUGGUGACCUUCCUCGUGCUGCCGAAACCUUGGCUAACAUGAGGCAUUGCUUGUCUGCUGUUGGCGAGGUUGCCGAAUUUGCAAAUAUUAGAAAGCAGCUUGAGGUCUUAGAGGACAGACUAGACACAAUGGUUCAGCCUCGUUUAACAGAUGCUUUAUCUAAUCGCAAGGUUGAUGUUGCUCGAGAUUUGAGGGGAAUUCUUAUUCGAAUUGGGAGAUUCAAGUCAUUAGAGCAGCACUAUACUAAAGUCCACUUGAAGCCUAUAAAGCAGCUCUGGGAAGAUUUUGACUCACAAAAUCGAACUAAUAAGCUUGCAAACGAGAAAAGUGAGCUUGAAAGGAUAUCAAAUAGUCAUGAUUUUCGGCCAAGCUUGCCUACAGUUUCAUUCUCAAGUUGGUUGCCCAGUUUCUAUGAUGAAUUGCUGCUUUAUUUAGAACAAGAAUGGAAGUGGUGUAUGACUGCUUUUCCAGAUGAUUAUAAGACUCUUGUCCCAAAGCUUCUAAUCGAGGCAAUGACAACUGUGGGUGCAAAUUUUGUAUCCCGUAUCAACCUAGCAACUGGAGAGGUUGUUCCUGAAACAAAAACAUUGGCUAAAGGUAUGUUAGAUAUCUUAUCUGGGGAUAUGCCAAAAGGUGUUAAAGUUCAGACCAAGCAUCUUGAGGCACUGAUUGAACUACACAAUAUGACAGGAACUUUUGCAAGAAAUAUUCAACACCUUUUUUCAGAAUCUGAUCUUCAGGUUUUAUUGGAUACACUGAAGGCAGUAUACUUACCUUAUGAAUCGUUUAAACAGAAGUAUGGGCAGAUGGAGCGUUCUAUACUUUCUGCUGGGAUUGCAGGACUGGAUCUUAGGGGAGCUGUUGCUCGCGGGGUUGGGGCCCAGGGAGUUGAACUUAGUGAAACAGUACGAAGAAUGGAGGAGUCCAUUCCACAAGUCAUUGUUCUUCUUGAAGCUUCUGUAGAAAGAUGCAUCAAUUUUACUGGAGGUUCUGAGGCAGAUGAGCUAAUGCUUGCCCUCGAUGACGUAAUGUUACAAUAUAUAUCCACUCUGCAAGAAACCUUGAAAUCAUUGAGAGCUGUAUGUGGAGUGGAUGUUGAUGGUGUUGGUUCAAAGAAGGAAAUUGGAUUGGACAAAAAGGAAGGAGCUCACAGUUCUCGUAAAUCUGACUUGAUAUCAAAUGAGGAGGAGUGGUCCAUUGUCCAAGGUGCAUUGCAGAUCCUCACUGUGACAGACUGUUUAACAAGUCGAUCCUCAGUCUUUGAAGCUACCUUGAGAGCUACUCUUGCUAGACUCAGCACAAGUCUGUCUAUUGCAGUAUUUGGUUCUAGUCUGGACCAAAACCCUUCCCAUGUGGCUGGUGACGAUGGAAGUGGGGAAUUAUCUUUGGCCGGAAGGGCUGCCUUGGAUGUGGCAUCUGUGAGGCUUCUUGACAUUCCUGAAAAAGCUCGGAAGCUAUUCAACCUUUUAGAGCAGUCAAAAGAUCCCCGGUUCCAUGCCCUUCCUCUUGCAUCUCAACGUGUUGCAGCAUUUGCAGACACAGUGAAUGAACUUGUUUAUGACGUUCUUAUAUCCAAAGUACGACAACGACUUAGUGAUGUGUCUCAUUUGCCGAUCUGGUCCUCAAUCGAGGAACCAAGCGCUUUCCAUCUUCCGAGCUUUAGUGCAUACCCCCAGUCCUAUGUGACCAGUGUUGGCGAAUAUCUUCUUACUUUACCCCAACAAUUGGAGCCACUUGCUGAGGGCAUUUCUAAUGGUGAUGCCAACACUGAUGACGCACAGUUCUUUGCAACUGAAUGGAUGUUCAAGGUUGCUGAGGGUGCAACGGCUCUCUACAUGGAGCAGCUGCGGGGGAUUCAUUUUAUAAAUGACCGUGGUGCACAACAACUUUCUGUUGAUAUUGAGUACUUAAGCAACGUGCUUUCUGCACUUUCAAUGCCGAUCCCUCAAAUCCUCACCACAUUCCAUACAUGCCUUUCAACCCCAAGAGACCAAUUGAAAGAUCUUGUCAAGUCAGACUCAGGAAAUCAACUCGAUCUUCCAACAGCAAACCUUGUGUGUAAGAUGCGCCGUGUGAGUAUAGAACAGUAAUUUUUUUACCGAAGAUCUUUUACUAAAAUUGAGUCUUUGCCCAAUAGAUGCUACCAAAAUCUAUAGCAAGCAUAAGAUUUUCAUUGCCUGUUAAUUGAUUGUAGAGUUCUAUACAAGUUCUUGGAAUACAAUCAGUGUGUUUGGUUCCAGUUUUCUGAAUUUAGUUUUCU